AUGGUCGAGUUCGUUGAUAUCAACGGCGCCAGGCUUGCCUAUCAGAUCCGUGGGCCCGAUGAUUCGCCCCUAUUCAUCACGUUGCACGGGGGGCGAGGGUUCGGUGACUACCGAUCGGAUUUCAAGGCCUACGGACCAUUGGGCGACAGGUACCGAGUGCUGUCGUUUGACUUCAGGGGCCACGGCGAGAGUUCACCCACCAAGCCGUACACCUUUGAGCAGAUCGUGGACGAUAUCGAAGCCAUCCGGAAUCACUUUGCUGGUGAGGAGAAGGCGAUCAUCUGCGGAGGUAGCUUUGGAGGCUUUCUUGCGCAGCAUUACGCCAUCAAAUACUCUCAGCAUGUCUCUUAUCUCAUUCUUCGCGGCACCGCGCCUUCGUACCAUCAGGAGGAGGAUGCCAUAAAGGUUCUCGAGCAGAGGAUCGCCAAGGCACCCAGCUUCUCGGUUGAGAUGCUCACGGACAAGGUGUUUGGGGCUUUCGAAAGUGACUUGGAGUUCCGACUCGUCCAUCUGGCAAUGUCGCCUCUCUACAGCGAGUCGUUCGACGCCAAUGCGACGUUGAAGAGUGUUCUGGGCAACACAUACAAUGCAGAGUCGCACAAUGAUUUGUACUCGGAGCAAGAGAAAUACUUCGACUACCGCGAUAAGCUGCAUCAGAUCACAGCGAAGACCCUCGUCGUCGUUGGCGCCAAGGACUGGAUAUGUCCACCAGAACACUCGGAAUACAUUGCCUCCAAUAUUCCCUCUGCGACACUGUACGUCGUGGAGAACGCCAACCACAGCGUUCAUCUGGAGAAGAACGAGCAGGUGCUGAGUAAGAUACGCGAGCACCUUUCGAGUUGA